AUGCUGAAAAAUAAAAUUAGCCCUUCGGCAAUUUAUACCAGCAGACUUUUAGAUUUCAAAAAGUGUUCAUCCAGAAUCUCACAACUUUGCAUUGGUAGUAAUAAUACAAUAGGAAUCACUAAACCUGCUAUUGAAGAAGAAGUCACUCAAGACUCAAAAACAGAAAGUGAAAACAACAGAUUAGCAGAGGUUUCGGUAGAAAGUAAUGAGGUUGAGUUGAUUUCUCAGAUCCAAAUUCCACCAAAAAAAGAAGCUUAUCGCCUAGCUGAUGCUGAUCCCGAAAGGCAAAAAGAAAAGAGCGUUGGUACCGAAAUUCGUAAGCCUCGUCCUGCUGUUAUAAUUAGUAAUGAUUGGCAGAACGAAGUCAGUAAAAGAGUGAUCGUGCUACCAUUUUCUACCAACAUAGAAAAAGUUUACUAUCCUAUUGAAUUGCUAAUUAGAACAGGAAAGAUCAUGUGCGAUCAAGUUAAGUCAAUAGAUAAACAGAGAUUAGGUGACAAGCUGGGAGAAUUGGACCCAGCUACUAUGUUAAAAGUUGAUGAGACAUUAGUUGAAUUAACGUUAAUCACGAAAUUUAUUAACAAGUCUAACAAGUAUUUGCAAAAAGCCGAAAGGGAGAUGAGUCAAUGUCGUUGUACGAAUGAGGAAAAGAAAAAGAGAAUGGAUGAAGCUGUUAAAGCUGCUAGUGCUGAGGCUAAAGUUUCUGGGUUAGAAGAAUGCUUGAAAGAGAAAGAUAACCUUAUUAAGCGUGAGGAAAAACUAAAUGAAGAAACAAAAGGGAGUUUAAAGAAGAAGGAAGAAGAUCUGGAAAAAAAAGAUGAGGGUGGAAUGGAGAUUAAAGAACAAAUUAAUAUUAAGUUGCCCUGCUCUUAUGCAGGGGGAUAUCUAAGCAAUAAAUAUCCAACUCAACAAGAAAAGGAACAAGGAGGAGAAUUAGACUUAUCAGAAUAUCCUAAUUUAGAAAUAGUAGAAAUUGAAGAUCAAGAAUAUCCUAAAAAUGGAACUUGUAAAAUAGAGAAAGAUAAACGAGGUAGAGAGAAUCCAAAUUUUAAUAAAAAAAGAGAAGCAAUAACUGAAUUAGACAUUAAUAAUUGCCUCACUAAUCUUGACCUGAAUAAUUGUAAGAAGUUAAAGACAAUUUGGUGUUCUAAUAACCAACUUACUACUCUAAAUCUAAGUAAUUUAGAACAAUUAGAGCAAUUUGGUUGUGCUGAUAAUUACCUUACCCAAAUAAUCUAUCCCUCUAAUCCUGAAAAUAUAACUUUUUUAGAUAUAAGCAGCAAUAAACUCUCUCUUUCUGACCUCGCUGUUUUUAAUAAGUUCAAGAAUUUAGAGGGUUUAGGUAAUUUAGGAGGAUUGUUUAUUGACAACACCGAUAUCAAUAGGGGUUGGGAAUAUUUACCUGGUAGUUUAGAAAAAAUUCAAUAUAACUAUGACACUAAAUUGAGACCUGAUUGUAAAUUAGCCCAGACUAAGGCCGAGAAUAUAGAGCAUAUUGCUGACGGAGGAUUUGUAGCCCUAAAAACUCUCACUAAUUCCCAAGACCUAAAUCAAGACCGCUUACAAGAACUAACUUUUUAUAAAAUGUUCAGAAGUGAAAUAAGUAAUAUAGUGCCUUGUUAUGGAGUUUCCAAAAAUGAAAGAGGUGAUUAUGUUCUGGUGAUGAAGUAUAUGAAAGAUAGCAGUUUAAAGAAAUAUUUACAAAAAAAUUAUCAGAAUUUAAUUUUUUAUAAUGAAUAUGGUGUAAACAGCAAACUUCAUUUUCUAAAACAAAUCACCCAAGGACUCAAAGAAAUACAUCGUAAUAAAUUAGUUCAUCGAGAUUUUCAUAGCGGGAAUAUUAUUGUUGAUAGAGGUAAGUUAGAGAAGCAUAAUAAUAGUGCUUCAUUCAGCACUGCUGAAUGUCGUAUCACUGACCUCGGCCUAUCUAGAUCUGCUGAUGAAGUAGAUAAUAAUCAAGGAUUACAACAAAUGGAUAGCGGACAACUUAAUUUAGAACUUAAUACUCAAUUAUUAGAGAAGUUAAAAAUUGGGGAUACAGAAGAAUUAACUAUUCCUGAUGAACAAGCUGAAACUUCCCUCCACACCCAAAUCCAAAUUCCUCCCAAACAAUCAUGCCCUCAGAAAUCAUAA